CAUUGCAAUAUCAGCUGAUUCCUUGGUUUUGAAAAGUAGUUAAAGAUCGGAGUUUUAACAAUUUAACUGCAUUAUUCAGACGCACGUGCCUCAAAUGGGCAAAACCAAGAAGAAGUGGGAACCCAAAGAGGCCAAACUGAUAAAGCAACAUUGGCACAAGCGCGGAUCGGCCUCCAAAAUGGCUUCAAAUAUUCUACUUCAGCUAGCGGCCGAGGAUCCCAAAACAGGCGGCUAUCUCAAGAACACGGUCGCACUACCAGAAACAGGGGCCUCCACUUCAAACACUGAAAUGCCCAAACCAGCGGUUAAGCCCAAUGGCUUCAAGAAGAUUCGAGACCAUAAGCAAAAGAACGCACCGAAAAGACUGAAGCACAAUGCAAUUCAGAAGAAUGCACUCAAUCGAGAAAUGCUAUCAAAGCUAUUAAACUCUAUUAAAAAAAAGUAUGCAGCGCAGAAAAAUCCUCAUAUCAAGCGCAGGUUGGACUUCCGCAGAAGGGAAUCGCCAGCAAAGAACGUCGUGCUUCCCAAGCCGCGGUUCUACAACCAGAACAAGGACGACAGUAUAGAAGAAGGAGAACUCAUCGAGGAGUUGGAGAGCAGCGACGAUGACGACUGCGUGUUGCUGGAAACUCCGAACGAAUCCAUUAGCAUUCUAGAUGACGACGAUGAUGAGCCCAGCACAAGUGACCAGCAACCAAAAGAGAUAGUUACAGAUUGCAAGGGCGAGGCUGCUUUGCGGAUAGCGCCGAAAACGGAAAACCCAGUUUUGUACUCUACUAUCGUAAAAGGAGACUUUUCAGAGUCCAUCAUCAACUUGGAUGAAACCUCCGAAGCAGAACCAAGUUCAAUUGUUGAAAACAACGACUCGGUUAUAUUUAUUGAGGACACGACCGGAGAAGAUUUCAUCCCGAUCCCGUCGUACUCGCCGCCGUUGCGGAGAGGAAAGAAGCGAAGAAGUUCUAGGAUUGCGGAAGCGCCCAAACAGAAGACUUCGCGAAUGAAUGACAGCCUGUUCACCACUGCAGAAAAGAAGAAGCUUGGAGACUAUAACACCAACACAUUUAAUCCGAAGGAGGAGGCAGGAGAGACCAGUGAUAAGCCGAAGACGAAUAAGAGGUUUAUUAUCAUCGAUGGCAGCAAUGUAGCCUUUGCCCAUGGCAACUCAAACGUCUUUUCAUCAGAGGGAAUAAAGUAUUGCUUGCAGUAUUUCGAGAAAAUGGGUCACGAAGUAAAGGCUGUGAUUCCAAUGUUUCGGAAAAACAACUUCAAGUCUUCGAAUCCCGAGCUUCUCGAUAAGCUGCACAAGGAAGGCAAGAUUGUGUUUACGCCGUGCAAAAACAUUCCCGGUCAAAUGUCGUCUAGCUACGAUGAUCGUUUCAUUUUGCAACUGGCAUACGAAAAGAAUGCUGCCGUGGUUUCCAACGACAACUACAGAGACCUGAUUAAUGAGAAUCCUGCCUUUAAAAAGAUCGUUGAGAAUCGAGUCCUUGGUUACUCCUGGUGCGACAACAUAUUCAUUUUACCCAAGGAUCCCUACGGCCGCUGGGGACCUACGCUCGACGAAAUUUUGAGGUGCUAAUGCACGUAGCCCCAUAUUUAUUUAUUUUGAUUGUUCAGUUCUUUAUUUUUUAGUUAGUAGCUUUAGUUGCGGAUCAUCCAACUUUCUUUUUCUGAUAUUAUUUUUCAAGUUAAGUUGGUCAAAACUCAAGAAAUAUAACGCAGUGUUUACUAAAUAGAUUUGCAUAGCAUAGUUUUUGGCCAGAAAAGUGUUUUCAUAUGCAUUAUAUUGUUAAAAUCCUGCCAAAUUUAUAUGUUUUCGAGGAGCAAAGUUUAUUCAUUAGGUUUGCAUAUCAUAGUUUUCUACCUGAAAAGUGUUUUCAUAUGCAUAAUAUUGUAAAAUCCUGCAAAAUUCAGCAGUUCUCGAGGAGCA